CCCACGUUCCCUUACAUUCAGAAGUGCUACUCUGCUGAUAGCUACGUUUUAAAAAAUUAACAGUGGCAUCGCUCUUCACGCCCUCUCCAUUCCCCACACCCCCGCCUCUCUGUGCUUUUAAUCGGCCAACCGGCAAUCCAGCCCUGAAGCCCGUGUCCGCGACGAAGAUGAAACAAAUGCCUUUGGAGUUUUCCCCACCAACUUCACCCACGGUGUUGCGCCAUUAAUUGAUACAAUCUGUACGGCAAGCUAGAGGGCUCAGUUAGCAGCACAUGGCUCGGGUCCAGUGCGGCAGCAUCUGAGAAAAGAGUGCGUUUGCUUUCUCAAGUCAUUCGUUUCGCUGAAGGCAUCAGCGGAGGACCAAGCGCAUCUGGACUGAUCCACGCACCGAGCGAGAACGCCACUGCGGAACUCCCUCGGCGAGACCUCGGUGCAGUUACAAUCUCAGUGCCAGUGGGGGAAUCCAGGCAGCCGGGUUAACGGCGGAAUUCUCACCGUGCGGCCCCAGAGCGUCAUGAGAGCGGAGAAAGCUAUUCCGAUGAUCAAUGGGAAGCCCGAAGACACGAUGGAUAUCGAAGCUUCCAACGUCAAUUUAGUCCGUACCAACGACAAGAAAGUGUCAGAAAGAGGCCAAUGGAAUAAUAAAAUCGAAUUUGUCUUGUCUGUGGCGGGGGAGAUCAUUGGAUUAGGAAACGUGUGGCGAUUUCCCUACCUCUGUUACAAGAACGGAGGCGGGGCUUUCCUCAUCCCAUAUGUAAUUUUUUUCGUCGGGUGUGGUAUACCCGUAUUCUUCCUAGAGACUGCCCUGGGCCAGUACACCAGUGAAGGGGGGAUUACGUGUUGGAGGAAAAUUUGCCCCCUCUUUGAAGGUAUAGGAUAUGCAACCCAGGUGAUUGAGGCUCACUUAAAUGUGUUUUACAUCAUUGUUUUGGCUUGGGCCAUAUUCUACCUGUUCAACUGCUUUACAACUGAACUCCCUUGGGCCACCUGUGGACAUUGGUGGAACACAGAAAACUGUUCGGAAUUUAAGAAGAUGAAUUCCACAAAUAGCAAUCAUACAGCCCUACGAAAUGCAACUUCGCCUGUCAUUGAGUUCUGGGAACGUAGAGUGCUUGGAUUAUCACAAGGAAUUGAAUAUAUUGGACACAUACGAUGGGAACUUGCUCUGUGUCUUCUUGCUGCUUGGAUAAUUUGUUACUUCUGCAUUUGGAAAGGACCAAAGUCCACUGGAAAGGUGGUGUAUGUAACCGCGACAUUCCCAUAUCUGAUGCUGCUGGUUUUGUUGAUUCGGGGAGUGACCCUUCCUGGAGCUGCAGAGGGAAUAAAGUUUUACCUUUAUCCCGACAUCUCACGUCUCUCAGAUCCUCAGGUGUGGCUGGAUGCUGGCACCCAGAUAUUCUUCUCUUAUGCAAUUUGUCUUGGAUGUCUAACUGCGUUAGGAAGCUACAACCCCUAUCAUAACAACUGCUACAGGGAUUGCAUAAUGCUCUGCUGCCUCAACAGUGGCACCAGCUUUAUUGCAGGCUUUGCCAUCUUCUCUGUAUUAGGAUUCAUGGCUUUGGAACAAGGAGUGCCAAUAGGAGAAGUCGCAGAAUCAGGUCCUGGGCUGACAUUCAUUGCCUAUCCGAAAGCCGUCACUAUGAUGCCUCUCGCACCAUUAUGGGCAGUCCUGUUCUUUUUGAUGCUCAUUUUUCUUGGACUGGACAGUCAGUUUGUCUGUAUGGAAAGCCUCGUGACUGCUGUAAUAGACAUGUAUCCCAAGGUGUUCCGAAGAGGCUACAGAAGGGAGCAGCUCAUACUUGUUAUUGCACUUGCGUCAUACUUGAUUGGAUUAGUAAUGGUAACAGAGGGAGGAAUGUACAUUUUCCAGCUGUUCGAUGCCUAUGCUUCAAGUGGCAUGUGCCUGCUGUUUGUGGCCAUUUUCGAGUGUAUUUGUAUAGGCUGGGCCUAUGGAAGUGAUCGUUUUUAUGAUAACAUUGAAGACAUGAUUGGGUACAGACCUUUCAUUCUGAUUAAAUGGUGCUGGGUAUUCGUUACCCCUGGUAUAUGCGCAGCAAUUUUCAUUUUCUUCAUUGUGAGGUAUAAACCACUCAAGUACAACAAUGUUUAUGUCUAUCCUGAUUGGGGUUAUGCACUCGGUUGGGCACUGGCUCUGUCUUCUAUGGUCUGCAUACCUCUGGGAUUUAUCUUCAAAAUAUGGACUACUGAAGGAACGUUUUUAGAGAAAAUUAAGAAGCUUACCACACCCAGUCCCAACCUGCGACGGAAAGGAGUGAGAAUAUCAAAUAUGGAUGCGUGCUGCAGCACAAUCAGUGACUGUGAUGGCAAACUUAAAGGUGAUGGGCGCGUUCCUACCAUCACAGAGAAAGAGACACACUUCUGAACAAAUCCCUCAGUCUGUUUUGUAAAACAACAGCAAAAAUUGCUGUCACUUAAUUAUAGAGGCCUGCUUGUUUUGCACAAACUUUAUUAUUAACUUGUUAAUUCAAAAUUAAGCAUUAUAUACUUGUUUAAAAAGUGACUUUUUAAUGAUUAUAUAAGUAACUGGAUAUAUAUAUAGUGCUUGAUAUUAGAGAACUCAUGCAAUAAUGUGACACUGGUAAAUGUUCUAUAGGAAGGUUAGUGUGCAAUCAAUACAUAAUGUGAUGUAAAACUUUUAUAAUUGGAACUCUUUUUCAUUAUGGAAGGCACAGUUUUUUAAUGGACAAUUUUGCUCAUCUGUAAGUUUGUUAAAGACCAUUCCAAGUCACAGUGCAUGUUUGUGGAGUCAUCAAGCCUUCCUAUCUAUAUCCACAAGGGUAGGUACAACAAAGAUCUCUGAUGUUAAGGAGAAAAAUUAAAUAGACUUCCUGAGAUGUAACUUCUGAAUUAUUUUUGAUGGAAUUUUGUUAUUUAAGGGCUUUUAAAUCGACAAUAAUUCUAUGGGUAUGACCUUCCUCUGUAUAUUUUCCCUAACCAAAGCCCCAUAAACAUACAUAUAUGAUUGGUGUGGUCCAAAAUGUUCUAUUACUAAAGUGCUCUGCUUGUAAAUGUAUGCUAUGGACACAAAAUAACCCACUACUGAUAUUUUUUACAACUUUCCUACAUUUGUUGUUAUCUGGGACAAAUAUUCAAGAAAUUGUGGGUGAAACCGUUAUUUUUAGUUUCUGUAAGAAAAAAAUACUUGGUACAUAGCAAGACCAAGUAAUCUGCCCUUUUUAAAGGGAUCUGCAACAGUAGAUGUGGUGCCACGUUUCACACACUGGAGAGUUUUGUGGCACAAAGUUCUGUCUGCUUACUCAUCAUUUUUAAAGAUAAAUAAAGUUAUCGAUUU